AUGAUCUUCAUAGUUCUGCUCGUUUUGCUAACCUCGUCAACAUUUGCUAUCGAUCCAGAAUGUUAUAUGACUGUGCCGGAAAUUAUUCGCCAUUUCGGCUAUCCGUCAGAGGUUCAUUUAGUUCGAACAGUGGAUGAGUAUAUCCUGGAGCUUCAUCGAAUACCACAUGGUCAAAAUCAAACUCGCUCAAAUGAUCGGCCAGUGGUUUUUUUGCAACAUGGUAUUUUCGCGGAUGGUUUUAAUUGGACACCAAACCUGCCAAACCAAUCAGCAGGUUUCGUAUUCGCCGAUGCUGGUUUUGACGUGUGGAUCGCGAAUUCGCGUGGAACUCCGCCCUCACAAAAGCAUAUCGGCUAUGGACCGGAAGAUGUACGCUUCUGGAACUUCACGUGGCAGCACAUUUCCGCGUUUGAUCUACCGUCCUCAAUCGAUUAUGUUCUGCAAAAAACUGGACAGAAUGAUCUCUACUAUAUCGGACAUUCACAAGGAACAGUAGUAAUGUUUGCGAAACUUGCAGAGGAUGCGGCCUUCGCCACCAAGAUCCGUCAAUUUCAUGCCUUAGCACCAGUGGCGACAGUAUCCCAUAUUGGAGGCCUAUUCCGGAUAUUUGGUAAUUAUCUCACGGAUGUAGCAGAUUUCAUUCUCCAUAGAAUUCCAAAUUCACCGCUGGCUUUCCCGAAAUUUAUACAGAAGAUUAUGGGAAUAUUCUGCAGUCUUCCAAUUGCACAAGGAGUUUGCACCUUAGACAUUGGGUUCAUCGACGGAAAGGAAAAAAUGUUCAACAACAGUCGUGUGGGACUCUACCUUUGUCACACCCCUGCUGCAACUUCGACAAAAAAUCUUCUCCAUUGGGUUCAGGUGGUAAAAUCAAGGAAAUUUGAGAAAUUCGACUACGGUAAGGAAGGAAACAUGAUCGAGUAUGGGAAGAAAACUCCGCCCAUUUAUGACUUACGAAAAAUCGAAACACCAACUUUUCUGUACUGGAGCAAAGACGACGUUCUCGCUGAUACAGAAGAUAUUAGAGAAACCAUCCUCGAAAGUAUGAAUGCUACAAUACACGGGAGUUACGAACUGCCGCACUACACACAUCUCGAUUUUGUCUUCGGAAUCAACGCUACGUUCGAUCUUUACCGUCCUAUCAUAGAGGAAAUACGUAAAGACUAUACAGCAAGGUUGAUGCUCCAAAAUAAUCGCGUUCAUACUUAG